UGUCACGUGAUAAGUAUAUCGAUCGAUGUUAAAAAUGGUUGAACCUUGAUUUAUACUUCCUUGUGAUACUUCACGGAAAUUCUAAAAAUGUUUGUAUAUCUAUUUUAUAUGAUCUUAAAUUGGCAUGUCCCUCAAAAUUAAGUAAGCAAGAGUAAUAUUUUGACAGCAUAUCGAUAUCUACUGUUGCAGAAUCCAAGAAAAGUGAAAUAACCCAAGUGGAAUGGCUACAGGAACAGGUCUUCCGGUUUUCUGCUUGAAACAUAACCCUAAGUGGAGAAACAAGUUUCAGGAAUUUUUAAACAAAAUAAGUGGGCCAACCAGACGAAAUCCAUUAAUAUGUGAAAGUGAUGUUAAAAGAAUUACAAAAGUAGUGUGUCCAUGCGAGAAUGGCCCCAACCAAGCUUGGAGAAGCAUUACACCAGAUAAGAUAAUGGAAUGUCAUAAUAUAUAUACACAUUCAUCUGCUUAUGAAGGUUCAAUACAUAAAGAAUUUUAUGAAAGAGUUAAGCAGUUGAAUCUUUUUACUGGGAAUGGAAAUGGAAGUGCAGAUCGGCUCAUUUAUAUUUUAUCAAACAAACUGCUUCCUGUCGGACAUGAGAGGGAUGAUAUUUUAGAAAGAAUUUGCCCAAUAAAACAGCGUCCACCUGGUGACCCCAUUCACAUUGGAUCACUCAAAGAAGCGCAUACUGGUCGGUUCUUUGGGAGAGGAGGGACAGGUAUUAGGGAGGCAGUUCAUGGAAUACCAGUUGGCAACAUUACAAUUGACAUUAGGCAAAUUACAAACUCGGAUAUGGUGGAAGCUCGUGCAACAUUUAGCUGUAGACCGCGACAUAUUCAGCAGGUUUUGGAAGGACUGAGACAAAGAGUUGGAUACUAUGUUGAUAAUACGCCAGUUCCUCUAAGAGCAAGACAACAACAUGGAAGAGGUGGUCAUCAAUCUAUGGAUAUGUAGAUGUCCUUCCUAAAGAAAUUGAAGCUUGCAAGAUAGAAAGAAAGAUGAUGAAUAUAUAUUGUUAAGUUUUACCUGGGAGUAUUAUAAAAGUUAGUAUAAUAGUCCCAGGUUUUACUGAUAAGUUUUGAAUACGAAAAUUGUAAAAUGGUUGAAUUGAUGUAAGAUUUUACAAUACAAAGGUUUAUCUGAGUUUUUGUCAUACAAGGCUGACUUAAAUUAUAAGGAAAUGGCAGAGUAUAUUCGAAUGCAAAUUAUCAAUCUGUAAGGUUAUUAAAUAUUUGAAACAUGUUUAUGUUCACUUUGCCCGCAGGGCCAGUAUGAGCUAUUGCUGCCACUUAGCAUCCGUCGUCUGUAACUUUUACAAAAACUUACUAGGCCAAUUGGAACCAAACUCAACCACAAUCAAUCCUGGUUAUCUUGUGUAACAAAUGUGUCCGAUGAUUCCGCCUGGCAGCGGACAUGGAAGCCUGAGUGAAAACCAAAACAUAGGAAUUAAAUGCAAGCAUUGUCUUUUAUCCUGAACCCGUUAUAGAUUUAGAAAUUCUAUCAGGGAAAAAAUGUUCAGAAUAUCAAGCUACUACCUACUGUCCAGUAUCAGCUCAAUUGUCCUACGACUUCUUAUAGGAGUUAUUGUCCUUAAAUGAUAUCUUUUUUAGCGAUCUUUGGCUUUAUCUUGAAAACUAUUGUAGAGAGAAACUGUAGACAGCAAAGCGAUCUUCAGGACAAGACCCCCAAAAUAAGAAACAUGAUGGGUGAAAUCGUCAGUCAGCUCCUUACAGAAGUUAUUGCCCUUGAAUGACAACUUGGACCAAUUUUUGUGUGGUAUUGUUGAAACUAUAGAAGAUAGUGAGAGACUGUUGAAAGCAAAAAAUCAUCAGAAAAAUAAGAUCUACUAAUAAGUCAAGGCGGCCGAAAUCGUCAGUUGGGUUCUCACAGAAGUCUUUGUCCGACUUUAACCAAUUUCAAAUACCAGGAGAGCGAUAAAGGCUCUAGUUACUUGAGUGUAUCAAUUGGGUAAUGUAUUAUUACUCUCAUAUAGUACAUAAAAAUAUUAGAAUGAAAUAUGGGGUAAAUAUACAUUCCAAAAUAUGGGGUUAACUACCAAACGCAGAGUCGAAACUUACCAUAAGUGGUAUGUACCCUCAACGCUAACCCAUACCAUGCUUCAAGCAACACAUAAAACCAAGAUCGAAAAUUUUUCUUAAGUCAAAAUGUAGCUACGACAACAAUGAAGUUACAAAUCAACACUUUUGACUCUUGAUUCCUGGCCUUGGACAUUCACGAUUAACUGCGUCAUAUUAACCUUUUAUACUUUUCCCCCAAAAAAUAGAUAUUUCAUAAAACACAGAAGGAAAUAGGCUAUAAAUAAAGAUUAAAAAAAUGUCUUGCCCCACAAAAAAAAUGGAUAUUGAAAUGUACCACCAGAUAGGACAAAGUAGAAUGAAACAGGCAAGCACACAGAUAAUUUGUGUUAAUUAUGACCGUAGGACCAGGAAUAAAGAGUUGUGCAUACAAAACGUAAAAGGGAUAUUAGUAAUUACCAAAAUUAAUGAUACCACGAAAAUACCACUCCGAGAAUUCAGAUGUACAAACAAAGACAAAACAAUGAAUAACACAUGGUAGGAUGGGGUACGAACAUAUACAUUUUGGUGUCAUGUCUUUCAUGAGCUUCAGAAUCGGAAAUUUGGUCAGAACCAUAUGAAAAUUGAAUCUGUAUAAUGAGAGGCACCAUCAAAUCUACCGUUACAAUUACAUAGGAAUGUAGAUAUGUAAUAGCAUUGGUGAAUCUGAAUUGCGGACUUAAAUAAAAAGUACUGAAUAUUGGUAAAGCAGUCAUUGUGUUCCCAGUGUUACCUCAAAUGGAAGCAUUAUAUAUUUAUAUAAUAUGAUAGUAUAAAAAUGAAUACAAAUGUGUAAGUGCUGACACUUCUGAAAUGUCUUGAGUCUUUAAGUAAUUGGAUUUAGUGGACAGUUUUGCCUAGCUUUAAAUAUCAAAGUGAGAAUGUUGAGCAGGGUGAAGAAGUUGAUGAAGAAUGAGUUGCUAAAAAAGAGGAGAUAUUUACAAUAGCUUAUUUACUUAUUGUUUUUGUCCAGUUUUUCGUAUACGUAAUUGGAAUAGUAACCUUUCUUCAUCUAUACAAUCAAUUCAAAGCUCACUUUCGAUAACAGGUAAGCUAUUAUAGAUCAAUUUAAUCACAUAAUGCAUUCAGUAGAAUGGCGAAAAACCUCUUUAGGAAUUUGAUUACUGAACAUAUUUUAAUUUCAUUCAAAAUGAGUUGCUGUAUAGUAUAUGAUUUUAAAUUAUUAUGAACAGAAUAUGCUUAAACCUUGGUCAAUAUUAUUGUAUGUUUGAAAAAAAAGUUUAAAACAAGACUUACAUAUUGUAUGUGGACUUUCUAUGCAUAUAUAUUAACCACUGAUUUAUUUUCCAUCUGUUAUUUACUAAUGGUUACAACUACCCUUUGUUUUAUAUAAUAAAUAUUUAAUGCUGA